AAACAAACGACUCAGCUUCUUCUUCUUCUUCUUCUUCUUCAAAUCGGAUCUACAAAGUUCGAGAAAGCUUUGAUUAAUCCCAAUGGCGAUUUCUCUGUUCUUGUGAUUCUUCUGUGCUCACCCAGAUUAGUUCCAGUUCCUUCGCAUUCCCUCUGUUUGAGUAAACUGAGAUUCUCCCAAGCUUUUUCUCGGAAACAAAAAAAUGGUGUUGCCAUUGAUGAAACUGGGCACACUCGCGGUCAAAACCAUAAGUAAACCCUUGGCUAGUCAGCUCAAGCAUCAAGCUAAGGUUCAUCCCAAGUUUCGUCAAUCUAUCAUCAACUUCGCUCAGAGGAAUCAUCGUAUCACGACGCAAAUGCAAAGAAGGAUAUAUGGUCAUGCCACUGAUGUAGAGAUUCGUCCCUUGGACGAGGAAAAGGCUGUCCAAGCUGCUGUUGACCUCAUUGGAGAGCUCUUCCUCUUUGGGGUUGGUGGAGCCGUUGUUGUUUUUGAGGUGCAGAGAAGUUCUCGGUCAGAAGCAAGAAAAGAGGAAGCACGUAAACAAGAACUAGAGGAGUUAAGAUUGAAAGAUGAAGCACUCGAAAAGCAAGUCGCAGAUCUCAAGAGCAAGCUAGAGGAGCUUGAACAACUUGCCAAAGCACGCGGACUGAGCGGAAUUUUUCAGUUAAAAUCACAGCCCAGUACUACGGGUAGCGGGAAGCCAGAAAAAUCCACUUGAAUCAUCAUCAUCAUAUUGAUCAAUCCCCGAGACUGAAACCAAAGUUAACAAUACGGCAAUGAUUCUUUUUCAGAAGAGCUGGGGAGUUUAUGAUUCUCUGCUCUGCAUUCUUAUAGAUCGACCGUAAUAGAUACAUACAUGCACCAUCAUCAAGAACAAUCUGCUUUCCAACAAUCAUAUUAGGUGACAAAUAAGAAAGUUUUGAUGUUGAGGGAUUUGGGUGUACAAUACGUUUGUCUUUUCAACAUUCGUUGCUUAGAUUUGGUCUUUUAAGACCAAUAGCUAAAAUUUAAGCAAUGUUUGGAUAAUGACGAAUUCAUUAUGAAAGCGACCUUCAGAGAGAUACAAAAUGAGACCUUUCUCAUUCUACCUA